AUGGUAAAGGUUGUUGCUGUUCUGACUGGCUCAGAGGGUGUUACUGGCACCGUUUUCUUUUCCCAGGAGGGAGAUGGUAUGGGUGCUGUCCUAGAAUGAACUUUUCAUGUUUAGGCACUGUUGCUUCUAUUUAUUUCUGUCAUUUUCUUAGGUCCGACUUCCGUCAGCGGGAGCCUCUCUGGCCUUAAGCCUGGUCUUCAGGGGUUUCAUGUGCAUGCUCUUGGUGACACUACCAAUGGAUGCAUGUCCACAGGUAUUACAUUUCCACGAUGGCCCUGCGUACUUUAUGGUGGAUGUGAUCAACACUUUAUCAUAUGCAUUUUCGGUGAUUAUUAUGUUCAAUCCUAGGUCCUCAUUUCAAUCCCACUGGGAAGGAACAUGGUGCUCCGGAGGAUGAGAUCCGUCAUGCUGGUGAUCUGGGGAAUGUCACGGCUGGCGAGGAUGGUAUUGUGCUCUCUGAUCCGCCUUAGUUUAUCCAUGUCAAGAUCGGAGGUAUCUAAAUGGAUGGCUUCUUCUGAGUAUUAUACUUGCAACGACGAAAGGGUGAGGAUAAAGGAGGAAGACGAGGAGGAAGCAUGGGAGUAAAGAGGAGGAGGAGGUGGCCAUAGUGAUUAUGGAGAAGUAGUCUAUGAAUUUGUCUUGUUUUUUUUGUGGUCUCCUCUCUCGGACCAUACUAGACGGCGCUGAAAUCUGAGAUCUUUUGCAUAUUUAUGUUCACUUAAUUGAUUCUUUUGCCCUCUGAUGCAGGUACUGUAAGCAUUACGAUUGUUGACAGUCAGGUACAAUUGCUGUUGAAUUCUUUAUUCUCUGUUCAUGAUAAAUUAUGAUGCUGGGAUACAUCCCAUAUCCCAUUUCUAAAUUUCAAAUUAUUAUUUAUUUUUCUCAACAGAUUCCUCUCACCCGACCAAAUUCUGUCGUUGGUAGGGCUGUUGUAGUUCAUGCUGAUCCCGAUGAUCUCGGGAAGGGUAAUCUAUAUACUCAUUUAUUAUUUGGUUGUUUUAUACCAGGGUUUUCCAGUUUCCAUCUCCUAAUGCCAUGGAAAAUAUGCUUCCUGUGUAAGUGUUACGAAGACAGCAUUACUGAACUCAUCCCUAAAAUGGUCAUCAGACAUGAAUUGUGCUGAAUUUUUCUGGAACUUUUGUCCUGAUUUUCGUUUGGCUUCUGUGGCUAUUUGUUGGAAACUCGAAUAAAUCCUUCUAUAUAUUAUUAUUUUUAACUCUAAACUGUAUUAUUUUGUUAGUGACGAGUCUUAUUUUUCAUUUUUCGUCCUUCUGGAAAUUGGAAUCUACUCCUUUCUGCCUUCAGACAUUUACCUUAUCAUUGCAUUUGAUUGAUUUCAGCUGGCUUUCCUCGUGUGUCUAAGAUUUCUUGCUGUUGCAAUGCAAGAAAAGAGAAAAUAACAAGUUAUUAUUAUGUAUCUUUUUGUUUUUCUGGACCAUUGUUCCAAUCGGUGCUCUUUUCCAUCCCAACCUAUUUGAUGAACCGCUAAAAUGCACCAAAUUUUUGAUACUAUUCUUACCCUAGAAUCUUGGACAAAUUUACAAUGAGGGGAUGAUCUCCAUCCAGCUGCAGUAAACUACUGGCUCUCAAUAUUUGCCUAAGAAUAUGAAUAAUAAGUGGAUGAUCUCCAGCAUAUGAAUAUAUUGCAAUGUGUAUUCUUGCAUUCAGCAUGGUGAGAUCUUACAGUCCCAGUGCAAUAAACUCGUUCAAUUCUCCUUGACUGAAUCUGGGCAUUGCAGAAACAACAACACGGUUUUCAAUCCUUAUAUGGAGUUUAUUAUUUCCUUCUUAAAGCCUGCUAAACCUUCUCCCCCUCCUCGCACACAGGCGGACACGAGCUCAGCAAGACCACCGGGAACGCCGGUGGUAGAGUGGCCUGUGGUGAGACUUCCAUCGCUGUAUCAUGAAUCCCCCCCUCUUCCACUGCUUCAUCACCAGCUGGUUCCUCAUCCCUUCUUCUCCCCCUCCUCAGGCGUCAUCGGGCUGCAGGCGUAG